CGUUUAGUCAAAUAUAUGGGUGGGGCGUCAUGAAAUCCAAUCCAAUCGCAAAUAGGAAUUCGCGCUAGUGGGUGGGGCUUGUGUAGGGCGCCUUUCAACAGUCCGCACGCUGGUCUCAGCCUUGCACACAGGACCGAAAUGGCGGAGACGACUGACAGAAUGGAGGUUUCUCAGGGGGAGGCGGAGGGCUCGGCAGAGAAGCCGGCAGUUAAGCCGGCAGCUGAAGAUAUGACUUCAAAGGAUUACUACUUCGAUUCCUAUGCCCACUUUGGUAUCCACGAGGAAAUGCUGAAGGACGAGGUGCGCACUCUCACCUACCGUAACUCAAUGUUCCACAACAAGCACCUCUUCAAGGACAAGGUGGUGCUGGAUGUGGGCAGUGGUACUGGCAUCCUUUGUAUGUUUGCUGCCAAGGCUGGAGCCAAGCAAGUCAUUGGGAUUGAGUGCAGUAGCAUUUCUGACUAUGCCACGAAGAUCGUCAAGGCUAACAAGCUAGAUCACAUCGUGACGAUCAUCAAAGGGAAGGUGGAGGAGGUUGAACUUCCCGUAGAGAAGGUCGACAUCAUCAUCUCAGAGUGGAUGGGCUACUGCCUCUUCUAUGAGUCUAUGCUGAACACCGUCAUCUAUGCCAGGGACAAGUGGCUGACACCAGACGGCAUGAUCUUCCCCGACCGGGCAACUCUCUACGUCACCGCCAUCGAAGACAGGCAGUAUAAGGACUACAAAAUCCACUGGUGGGAGAACGUGUACGGGUUCGAUAUGUCGUGCAUCAAAGAGGUGGCCAUCAAGGAGCCGCUGGUGGACGUGGUGGACCCCAAACAGCUUGUCAGCAGUGCCUGCCUCAUCAAGGAGGUGGACAUCUACACGGUGAAGAUAGACGACCUGUCUUUCGCCUCGCCGUUCUGUCUGCAGGUGAAGAGGAACGACUACGUCCACGCCCUGGUCACCUACUUCAACAUUGAGUUCACUCGCUGCCACAAGAGGACUGGCUUCUCCACUAGUCCAGAGUCUCCCUACACUCACUGGAAGCAGACGGUCUUCUAUCUUGAUGACUACCUGACCGUUAAGACUGGCGAGGAGAUCUUUGGCACAAUCAACAUGAAACCAAACAGCAAGAACAAUAGGGAUCUGGACUUCAACGUAGAGAUCGACUUCAAGGGACAGCUGUGUGAGGUGUCCAAGACUUCAGAGUACAGAAUGCGCUAGUGCCCCCCCAGCCCCCCCUGUUUGUCUACUUGUGUGUUUUGAGGAUGAGGAAUAGGCAGAGCGGUCAGUGUGUUGGUGUCGGGGAUAAGUGUUGGUCUCCCAAGUUAUUUUUUUCAUUUUUCAAAGACAAGCUUUUGUGUCGCAGUUCUCGUCAAAGUGAUGUGACUUUUUAAGGUAGUUCGCUUUUGUGAAGGAGUCAAGGUGCAUCGCCCUCGGCGGUUCAUUGUGCAAUAGUCCUUAAAGUCGGUCCGGCGUUUGCCGCCAUACUUGGUGUCUUUAGAGGUUUUCAAUUGGUUUCUAGCUUGCACACUUUUCCCAUACAGAACAGCACACUCUGACCGUGGCAGACUUGCCUGUACAUAGCAUAACUGUUGAGUCACUUUCGCUCACCUCGUCAGUCCAUUGAUCCGACGCAUCACCUAUAAUCGAACUGUACCUGCCCUCCUCAGUUUUUAUUGUAUGUCUAGCGCCUCCUGUGGCUGUCUGAAGUAAGGACAAUAAGAUUGCCUUCUGUGGGGUGUGGGAAAUCAGCCACAGGUGUAUUUUUGGAAUUCUUUAUGUGCAGUUAAGGGGGCACCCCACCCGGACCGUCAGACUACUUUGUGUUUGUUUUUUUUCCCUCCAUUUGAAUGAAUUAGAUACAGCAAAGGACAUUCUUUAGGUGAUAAAAAAAACAAAUUGGAGUUUCGUCUGGUGCCUGGGGAAUUUAUAGGUCACAUCCUCGAGGAAGUUGGUUGUUGCUAGCAGAUGUUCAUGGUUGUCAAUGACUGUCCACCUUAGAUCCCAUAUCUUGCUUCCUCAGACUCAAUCUAAACGUUUCCUUAAAACACCUUUUUACCAUUGUGGAGUCUUUGAACAUGAGUCCGUUUCCAAACAGCAGAGCACUUUGAUUGUGUCAAGCGAUGGCUUGGGUAAUGUUGUUUACCUGUACAUGACAAAGGUUUGUA